AUGGGAGGCUUUUGUACAGGUGGUAAAAGGAACAAGUAGAAUCCACUUUUGUAUUUGUUGAAGGAAAGACCUUUGAGUACUUUGUUGGACAUGUGGCCAUCAUCAUAUUUAUAAAUGCUUAAACAGAAAUAUUUGGCCGUGAAUCCGAUAGAUGGCAUGGAUCAUUUCAAAUUCAGAACUUUGUUUCCUAAGUUGAAAUCAUAAAGUAAUAAGUUUAUAGGAUUAGGAAAACUCGUUGCAUGUCUUCAAAUGUUUUGA